AUGUUUGAUCCGGCAGUUGAGACGGAACCAAACUUUGACUUGGACAUUAAAGAAGAUGUUCAGGAGGAGUGUUCAAAAUACGGGAAUUUGAGGCAUAUCUUUGUAGACAAGAAUACCGCUGGUCAUGUGUACUUACGAUUCGAGAACACACAAGCUGCGAUAAAUGCUCAGCAUGUUCUCCAUGGAAGACGGUUUGCCGGAAAGAUGAUUGAGGCAACGUUCAUGUUACUUACAUAUGUUUGUGAUUGCUUGGAUAUCCGAAGCUUAGUGUUGGAAUCGUCGGAUAGUUUGAGGACAACAGGGUUUGCAUUCUCAGCAUGGACAAAUGCAUGGAAGGCAUUAGAUGCCCUUGGUAUUGGCGAUACUCUUCGCCGACACAUGAGACACUUCAUGGUCACUGUUCGUCUGUUCAAUGGUCGGCACCGAAAUAGAUCUCAACAGCGCCUGGAUAACGAACUCAGUGAAGGUCCCUGUUGUAGAAAAUGCAGACGAGAGAGCGAGUUCCAAAUUGAACAAGCUGUGAUCGAGCGAGUUCAUGUGGAUGAGGGCAGCGCAGCCAACAUCCUGCAACUAUCUGUUAUCCAACAGAUGGGGUUCGAGCCCAAGAUUAGCAAACUUGCCAGAUCGCUCACCGGUUUCAAUGGGGCCACAUCAAUCACUGUUGGAACGAUCGACCUGGAUGUCCACUCACCCCCAGUGGUCUGCUCGCAAACCUUCAUGGUCAUCGACGAGAUUUCCCCAUACAACGGAAUCUUGGGCCGACCGUGGAUCAGCAAGAUCGAGGCCAUCACAUCUGCUCUACAUCAGAAGAUCCGUUAUCCCAUCCCUGGGGCGAGAUCGGGGCAGAUCAAUAGUGACCAAGCCAUGGCAAGGAGAUGCACCGCCCAAGGGCUCAAGAAGAGCAAGCAGCUGCAGUUCACACCAGUAAUGCAAACUUCCAACGAGGCAGGAAGCGCUCUUAGCAGACAAGCAAACCCGAAAGAGAAGAAAGGUUGGAAGCCUGGGGAUGACAUUGAGUUAGUACCCCCUAAUCCUGGCCAGCCAGACAAAGAGGCGCAGAUCAGCUCGUGGCAGAAUCCAAACAAGAAGGAUCGAGAUGAGGGAAUCCGCCCGGAAGGCUCCCUUGAAGAAGGUUGGAAGCCUGAGGAAGACGUUGAGUUAGUACCCCUCGAUCCUGAUCAGCCAGAUAAGGAUGCACAGAUUGGCUCGUGCCAGAAUUCAAACAAGAAGGAUCGAGAUGAGGGAAUCCCCCCGGAAGGCUCCCUUGAAGAAGGCAGACAAGAAAGCGUGGAUCGGCUCGCGCCUAAGCCCAGACGAGAAGAUGAAGCUGACCAUCUUCCUCCAGAACAACAAAGACAUGUUCGCGUGGUCACCAAGAUCGACAAGCUCCUAGCUGCCGGUUUCAUUGAAGAGGUCUCCUACUCGGAAUGGCUGGCUAACGUUGUUCUGGUGGCGAAACAAGAAAAGGGAAAAUGGAGAGUAUGCGUUGAUUACACCGACCUCAACAAAGCAUGCCCUAAAGACAACUUCCCAUUGCCGAGAAUCGACCAGCUCGUGGAUUCAACUUUCGGCAACCAGCUACACAGCUUCAUGGAUGCUUACUCCGGCUAUAAUCAAAUUAUGGUGUACGAUGAUGAUAAGGCGAAGACCUCUUUCAUCAUCGAAAGAGGGACCUACUGCUACAAGGUCAUGCCCUUUGGGCUAAAGAACGCUGGAGCAACCUACCAAAGGCUCGUGAACAAAAUUUUCAAGGAGCAGAUCGGCAGAACCAUAGAGGUGUACGUGGACAAUAUGCUGGUUAAAGCCCCCAAGCGGGCAGACCAUCUCAAAAACCUCACCGAGGGGUUCAGCCUGCUCCGCCAAUAUCGCAUGAAGCUGAAUCCAAGUAAAUGCACGUUCGGUGUAUCGUCUGACCAGUUCCUAGGGUACUUAGUGACACAACGAGGUAUCGAGGCAGACCCGCGCCAAAUCAAAGCCAUUCUCGAGAUGAAGUCGCCUUCCACAGUGAAGGAAAUACAAAGCCUGGCGGGCAGAGCAGCAGCCCUUAACAGAUUCCUCUCAAAGUCUAACGACAAGUGCAGACCAUUCUUCAAAGCUUUGAAGAAAGGACAAUAA